AUGAAUAUGUUGGAUGAUGAAGAUGACCAAAGCUUUCACGCUACGCGUGACGGCUUCUCCCAUUUGAGCGAUGUCGAAUGGGAUGCGGUUGAACGGAUAGGUUCAACCAUGGGCAUCCAUGCUGUUAGCGUCAUGCUAGAGGCUCUCAAUAGAGAUGCCCAACAUGCUACUAUCGCCAAGUUCAUUCAAAAUGAACUUGACGCUGAACGCGAGAAAGUAGCCUUGCUUCACCAACAAGGUUCUCAACAAGCAGAGUUGUUGAGAGAACAGGGUGCUCAACAGUUUGAACUUUUGAGACAGCAGCAGGCUGCUGCUGGUGGGUCGAUGCACUCGCGUCGACCCGAGACCUUGAAGAUUGACAUCUCAAAGUAUAGGGGGGUCGAAGAGGACUCCCUCUUGAGAUGGUUCGUCGAAUUGGAUGACGCCAUAAAGGCGCGUCGCAUCGACGAUGGGGAUAUGCAAGUUGCAUUUGCCCAGUCAAAUCUGGCAGGACGUGCCAAGACUUGGACUUUGGGGCUCAAGUUGCACGACCCAUAUGUGUUUGGGUCGUUGGAAGUCUUCAAGUCGCGGUUCAGACAAACGUUUGAACCGCCUAGAGCUGAGUUCAGAGCUCGAACCGAACUCUUGAAGCUCAAGCAGGGUAAGCGUGAUGUGCACGCUUACGCUCAAAAUAUACGACAUCUCACGAGUUGUAUAAGUUCCAAUCCGGUGGAUGAACACACGUUGGUUUCGGUGUUCAUGCAGGGUCUUGCGGAUGGUCCCGUCAAGACUCACCUGUUCCGGCUUGAACUAGAUUCACUAGAACAAGCCAUUUCAAUUGCGGAGCAGGAAGACUUCAGUCUGAGACAGGCUCGCGCCAGCUCGACAUCAUAUCGUCAACCGAGACGAUAUGACAACGGAGGUCCAGAGCCGAUGGAACUCUGUUAUGUAGAGAGCGAGAAGGCUCGCUCUACAGGCUACAAGAAUUUGCAGAGAUGCAACAGAUGUCAAAAGACAGGACACUACGCUUACGAGUGUAGUGUCCCUCGUCCAGUGUCUCGCGACACUGGGCGUAGUGGCCGCCCACCCAUGAGAAAGGGGCAGGGACGAGGGUCCGCAGUUGGUGCAAAGACGCAACAACGGGAUGGACCGUCAAAAAACGGACAGGAUCAGUAG